AUGAGCGAGCCAGAGGCCAAAUUGAGUAAGAAUGAGCAGAAGAGGCUCGCCAAGCAAGCCAAGAAGGAUCAGGAACGUCUUGAGAAAGAGGCUGCAAAACUGAAUGUUGCGGUAGCGGAUGCUCCAAAAGUUCCUCGUGAAGCUGAUCCAUCGGACCCACAGGAGUACUUCAACAUGCGAGUCCGGAUGAUUGAAGCCAGAAGAGCUGCGGGAGAGAAUCCAUUCCCACACAAGUUUAACGUGACGAUCUCUCUAACCGACUUUAUUGCCAAGUAUUCUCCGCUCGAAAAUGAACAAGUCGCCGAGGAAAUUGUUUCGGUUGCUGGAAGAAUUCAUUCCAAACGUGAAUCGGGAUCAAAACUCGUCUUCUACGAUAUUCACGGAGAGGGAACGCGAAUUCAAAUUAUGGCAAACGCAAAGUUCCAUACUGGAGAUGUCGAUUUCGUGACAUUGCAUGACCGUAUCAAACGAGGUGAUAUCGUUGGAUUCACUGGACAGGCUACAAGAACCAAGGCCGGAGAACUGUCUUUGAUCCCUAAAGAGGUUUUGCAACUCACUCCAUGUCUCCAUAUGCUUCCACAUUCUCACUUUGGACUCAAAGAUAAGGAAUUGAGAUUCCGCAAGCGUUAUUUGGAUCUCAUCUUGAAUCCUCGCAUCAAGGACAACUUUGUGAUUCGCAGCAAGAUCAUCACUUUCCUCCGCCGCUAUCUUGAUAAUCUUGGUUUCCUUGAAGUUGAAACUCCAAUUAUGAACCAAAUUGCUGGAGGUGCCACAGCUAAGCCUUUCAUUACCCAUCACAAUGACUUGGACAUGAACCUCUUCUUGCGUGUCGCUCCAGAAUUGUACCACAAAAUGCUUGUGGUCGGUGGAAUCGAUCGUGUUUAUGAGGUCGGACGUUUGUUCCGUAACGAGGGAAUCGACUUGACCCACAAUCCUGAAUUUACCACAUGCGAAUUCUACAUGGCGUACGCUGAUUACGAGGAUGUCAUUCAACUCACCGAAGAUCUUCUGAGCAGUAUGGUUUUGGCUAUCAAGGGAACUUAUAAGAUUGAAUACCAUCCAAACGGCCCCAACACCGAGCCAGUCUACGAAGUAGACUUCACUCCUCCAUUCAAGAGAGUCCAUAUGUAUGAUGGACUUGCUGAGAAGCUUGGAGUGAAACUUCCUGAUCCAUCGACUUUGGACACCGAAGAAGCUCGCCAAGUGUUCGAUAAGCUCUGCCGCGACAACGAGGUCGAUUGUUCGGCUCCACGUACCACUGCUCGUCUUCUCGAUAAACUCGUUGGAGAGUAUCUCGAGAGUACCUUCAUUUCUCCAACUUUCCUUAUCGGACAUCCUCAAAUCAUGUCACCUCUCGCGAAAUGGCACCGUUCGAUUCCAGGACUCACUGAGCGGUUUGAAUUGUUCGCUGUAACUCGUGAAAUCGCUAACGCUUACACCGAGUUGAAUGAUCCAAUCACCCAAAGACAGCGUUUCGAACAACAAGCCAAGGACAAGGAUGCUGGAGACGACGAGGCUCAGAUGAUCGAUGAGACAUUCUGCAAUGCCUUGGAAUACGGUCUUCCACCAACCGGAGGAUGGGGAAUGGGUAUCGACCGCCUAUCAAUGAUUCUCACCGACAACAACAAUAUCAAGGAGGUUUUAUUGUUCCCAGCAAUGAGACCGGAAGAUGGAACGGAAAAGAAACCAGAAGGAGACGCUCCAUCUACAUCUGCUUAA